GCACAAAGUAGCAACAGCGUGUGAAAGAAGCACCUCAGGUUGCGAAAUGGAAGAAGAAGACGAUGUGCUUUCCUCUUCAGAACCAAGCGAGUCGAGCGAUGAGUCCACAAUCGAGACCGACAAUGAAGAAGAGGACGACCUCGAUUACAAUGUUAAUAGCGCGGACGAAGAUGACGGUCAUGUAGCUCAAAAAACCAGUAUCCGCUCCGGUCCUAAAGAUAGAAAGUCGGAAAAUGUUGCCGCUCUAGUCAGGGGAAGCCUUGAAGUAAGGAGACAAUCUAUACUUCCACGAGUCUAUUCAGUGGCCGAUGCAGCUGUCAACAUCAGAAAGCCCUUUAAACCUCCUAGCUCAAAUGGUUAUAGCAGUAGCAAAGAAGAUCUUGCACGCCGUCUCUGGGCUCGCAAAAAGUUUGUGCCAUGGGGGUCCACGAGGCCAGCAUUGAUUGCACUCACAAACAGGGUCAAUUCUCUCGAAAGUGCCGAGAAAGAUGUGUUUGAAGAUGAGGUAUCUCUGCCUCCAGAUAUUGAACCAUUGGUGUUGUGGCAACCUGAAGAAAUCGGAGAGGAAUGCUCUACUUCAGAACCUAUAGCAGUGGAACCAUUACUGGUUAAGUUCCUUCGACCUCAUCAAAGAGAAGGUGUCCAAUUCAUGUUUGAAUGUGUUUCAGGACUUUUGAGCUCUUCCAACAUCAAUGGAUGCAUUUUAGCAGACGAUAUGGGUCUAGGGAAGACAUUGCAGUCAAUCACAUUGCUUUAUACUCUUCUUCGCCAAGGUUUUGAUGGAAAAGCAAUGGUCAAGAAAGCAAUAAUUGUGACCCCAACCAGUCUUGUAUCUAAUUGGGAGGCUGAAAUAAAGAAAUGGGUUGGGGAAAGGGUUAAACUUGUUGCUCUGAGUGAGAGCACUCGAGAAGAUGUCAUCUCUGGCAUUCACAGUUUUACCAGUCCCAGUAGCAAUUUACAAGUAUUAAUUGUUUCCUAUGAGACAUUUAGGAUGCAUACUUCAAAGUUUAGCAAUUCUAGUUCAUGUGACCUCCUCAUAUGCGAUGAGGCUCACAGGCUGAAAAAUGAUCAGACAUUGACUAAUCGAGCAUUGGCUUCAUUAUCAUGCAAGCGCCGCAUUUUAUUGUCAGGAACUCCAAUGCAAAAUGAUCUAGAGGAGUUUUAUUCCAUGGUAAAUUUUACCAACCCUGGAGUCUUGGGUGAUGCUGCAUACUUUCGCCGUUACUAUGAGAUGCCCAUUGUUUGUGGUAGAGAACCCUCGGCUACUGAAGAAGAAAAGAGGUUAGGUACCGAACGUUCUACAGAGCUGAGUACAAAAGUUAAUCAGUUUAUAUUGCGGAGGACUAAUGCACUUUUGUCAAAUCAUUUACCACCAAAGAUAAUUGAAGUUAUCUGCUGCAAAUUGACCCCUUUGCAAGCACAACUUUACAGCCAUUUUAUACAUUCUAAAAAUGUAAAACGAGCUAUUACAGAGGAAACAAAACGAUCAAAAAUUUUGGCUUACAUUACUGCCUUAAAAAAGCUUUGCAAUCACCCAAAGCUAAUUUAUGACACAAUAAAGAGUGGGAAGCCAGGUACUAUGGGGUUUGAAGAUAGUAUCAGCUUAUUCCCUCAAGAAAUGUUUUCUGGAAGGUCUGGUUCGUGGACUGGUGGAGAUGGUCUUUGGGUAGAAUUAUCUGGGAAAAUGCAUGUAUUAGCCCGGUUAUUGGCUCAACUCCGUCACACAACUGAUGAUAGAAUUGUCCUAGUCUCAAACUACACUCAGACGCUGGACCUUUUUGCUCAACUCUGUCGUGAAAGAAGAUAUCCCUUUGUAAGACUUGAUGGAACAACCUCUAUAACCAAAAGACAAAAGUUAGUAAAUGAGUUUAACGAUCCAUCAAAGGAGGGGUUUGCAUUUCUCUUAAACUGGAAUCCCGCAAAUGACAAACAGGCUGCAGCAAGAGUAUGGAGAGAUGGACAGAAGAAGAGGGUUUUUGUCUAUAGGUUUUUGAGUAGCGGAACUAUAGAAGAAAAGAUUUACCAGCGUCAAAUUUCAAAAGAGGGGCUUCAGCAAGUUAUUCAGCAGGAGCAAACAGAUCAUGAGGUCCAGGGAAGCUUCCUUUCAGCGGAAGAUCUGAGAGACUUGUUCACUUUCCAUGACAAUGCGAGGUCUGAAAUUCACGAAAAGAUCAGUUGCACCCGUUGCCAAGAGCAUGCUGAUGAGGUGAUUAUAGACGGAACUGGUGAAGCAAUGUCCACAGAUAAACCCAACCAGGAAGACAUUGGGGGUUUUGCUGGUGUUGCUGGUGUCUUGAACAAGUUAAAAGGUUCAGAGAAGCAGAUUGGAACUCCCAAAGAAGAGGAUUUAGCUAACUGGGGGCAUCACUUUUUUCCAGCGUCUGUUCCUGAUACCAUUCUUCAGUCUGCAGCUGUCGAUGAGGUUUCAUUUGUGUUCACAUGUCAAAUUGACGGGAAGCUCGUGCCCAUGGAGUCCACAGGGAAGCCAAAACCCGAAGGAGUCGGAGUCGGACAGAUGAACAAUGUGAGUUUGAAAAGGAGGACGCUGCCCCAGAGACGAACAACAUCCCUUUCUUCUCCACCAUGCCAAGCAGUCUCACCAAGUGAUAAAAUAUCAUUAUGUGCCACCAAACAAGCUUCAUUUCAGAUGCCUAAGAAAAAGAGAACGUCACUUGGUGCUCUGAGCGAUGAUGAUUUUGUAUAGGCUUCGUUUUGUCAGUUUGUACGUUUUCAUAAUUUGUGUUAAGAAAAAAAAAGCAAACACAAAUGGGUUUGGAUCUCACAACUCAGGUAAAUGUGUAGAGAUGGUUAUGGCAAACAGUUUUGUCUAAGGCAUUUGAUUAAUUAAGGUCAAACUAUUGU